AUGGCUGGCCAUCGGCAUGACGCCAUGCAGACAAACCAGAACCUGGGGAACACCUUGGGCUCGCGCUCGGCGGUGAGACAGACCCAUUUCUUUCGGAAGUAUGAGAGUGGCAAUACCAUGAAGGCCUUGCUUGGCACACCUAAUCUCUCCUGGGAUGUGACAAGGAAGCAGGGUGCUUAUGAGGGCCGCAUUGAGGAUCCAUAUGCAGCGUCACCUGUUCGUGAAGUCACAGGGGGUGUUGGAACCUCUCAGAAGGUAAAUUCAAAAAUCUUGGAGCACAAAGCGGCAGCCAAGGUUCAACAUGAAGACUACCAGGCAAACGAUGGACAUGAUCGUGCCAAGAGAUUCAGUCAGAAGGUCGCUCGUGGCAACAAGGCAGUGGAGAGCAGUUCCAGGUGGCAGACAUCCUCAGCAGCUUAUGGAAACUUCUGA